ACAAAAAGAAAAUGCAACACAAGAUAUUACUUCAUAAUCUUCGUAUUUUACUCUUGUUCUUUAUAUUGAUUGACACUCGGUUCCAGUUGCUCGCUCAUGGGUGUCAUUCCGAAGAGAGAAAUGCUCUCUUGAGCUUCAAAUCCUCUCUCCAAGACACCUCGAAUCGCCUGUCGUCAUGGAAAGUAAGAAACAAUAAUGGAAACUGUUGCGCUUGGCAUGGAAUUCAGUGUUCGAAUGACUCCUUACGGGUAGUCUCAGUCGACCUUCACAAUCCAGACAUUGAAAACUACUUCACAAGUAUGAAAUCCCAUACCACACCGAAUACUUCACUUAUUGGUACACUCUCUUCAUCACUUUUCACUCUUGUUCAUCUGGAUUAUCUGGAUCUUAGUUUCAAUUAUUUCCAAAAAUCGCAGAUUCCAAAACAGUUUUCGAAUUUACAAAAACUCACUCAUCUUAACCUCUCCAGUUCGGGGUUUUAUGGAACGAUCCCACCUGAGAUUUGUAAUUUGGAUCGGCUAAACAUAUUGGAUUUGUCUCAUAACAACUUGACAGGCUCCAUACCUUCUUGCCUUUCCAAUUCGAAAGUCUCAGUGACUUAGAUCUCUCUGGAAACAACCUUCAAGGUACAAUACCACAUCUAGUUUUUGCUAAUAUAGCCGACGUGGUUAGUUUAAAUUUAUCGAACAAUAACUUUGAUGGCCCUCUUCCGCUUCCACCUCUUAAUCUUAGUAGAAUUGAUCUAUCAAAAAAUAAAUUUAGUGGGGAGAUAUCAACAGAGACUGGCAGAAGAUUAUCUAAUGCUAGAGUUGUGUUUUUAGCUAGUAAUGAACUAGUGGGAUCCAUACCGUUCUCACUCUGUACAAAACGAACAUAUUCAAGGUCCUUUCCAGGUCCGGCUACUCUUGAUCUCUCCAACAACCAUCUUUCUGGGACUAUACCUUCUAGUAUAGGUGAUUGCAGGUCUCUUAUAUCUUUACAGCUUAGUAACAACAAUCUCACAGGAUAUGUUCCGAACGAGCUUGAACAAAUAGAAGAUCUCCGCUAUCUACAACUGAAUGACAACAACUUGAAUGGUUCUUUUCCUAACUGCAUACAAAUGAUUCGGUGGUUGGAAGUUCUCAACUUAGGGAACAACGAUUUCGAAGGUGCUAUACCAAGUUUUCUUGGUCUCAUGGAUGGUCUUACGAUUAUUUCGUUGAGGUCAAACAAGUUCAGUGGGUCUAUCCCCGAAAAAAUUACCGAGUUGAAUAAUCUGCGGAUACUAGACUUGUCGGUAAACAAUAUCUCUGGUUUGGUUCCUAGGAAGAUAGCAAACUUAAAGAUGCUAAUAACCAGACCUAAUGAGACAUUCUCUCUUGGUUACUAUGCUGAUAUAAAGUUGCUAAUGGUGAUCAAAGGGAUUGUGACCAAAUUGGAGCACUUGUAUAGCUAUAGUUCAGGACUUGAUCUAUCGUGCAACAUCCUGGAUGGAGAUAUCCCUGAAGAGAUUGCGCAAUUGAAAGGGCUCUCCAUGCUAAACCUAUCACACAAUCACUUAUCUGGUGCAAUCCCAAAGAAUGUAGGGAACAUGACAGGUUUGGGCUCCUUGGACUUGAGUUUCAACAAGUUGUCUGGAGAAAUCCCAAAGUCUUUGACAUCAAUCGACUCUCUUGGGUAUUUGAACUUAUCUUACAAUAGACUGAGUGGAAAAAUCCCAGGAGGGGAUCAUUUUGAUACACUGAGCGUAGAUUGCUCAGCUUUUGUAGGUAAUGAUUUGUCAUGUGGGAUCCUUACAAACACCACUCGUGAGAAUGCUUCAGGAGAUGCAAAUAAAGUUGAAGAAAAUGAUCAAGAUGAUGCAAAAGAGAUGUUGUUGUUUUAUGCUAUGGUUGCUUUGGGGUUUGUAGUUGGAUUUUGGGGCCUGUUCUUCUUUUUGCUGCUAAGUAAGAAAAAAUGGUGGUUUCCAUAUUGGCAAUUCAUAGAUUCUGUUGCAACUAGAACUGUAAGAUACUUCCUAAGGAAUUGAGUUAUGUUAUGUUUUUCUAGUUCUCAUGUACUUGUUAACAAUAUUAGAAAGAGACUGAUAACUUACCGGUUUGAACUAUGCUGUUGCAAUUAGUCUUAUAUUCUCAACCAUGGGGAUCUUGUGGCUCACUUUGCGGUUUUGAAACCAGUUUGCCACUUCUUUGGUUUUAAAGAGAGGAAAUACAACUGUUUCAAACAAUGGGAGUCUUGGAUUAAUGAUAUACCAAAUAUCAGUUCAAUAGUACUAAUAGAUAUGAACUGAAUG